CAGAGCGUUCAACUCUCCAACCUGAGGCGGAGUCCAUGAAACAGCUACAGAGUCCGCCACUGCCCAAAAUGUCCUGCAACAUCUACGAAGAACCAACGGUGUCACUGAACGACAGGAACAAGGACCGAGUGGAGAGGGUGGUGGGCAUCUACGAGAGCGCCGACGCCCACCGCGCUAACCACCAGCACCAGCACCAGCAGCGCCACCACCACGGCUACGACUACGGCUACGCCACGCCAGCCCAGGCCCCUCCCACUGAGCGGACGAACCCGUUUCCGUCAUCUGUGCUGAUCCUGGGUCUGCUCUGCCUCCUGCUGCUCGUUGGGGUUUCCGUCAUGUCGUAUUUCUUCGUGCAGAAAUCCGAGGUCCAGGCCAAAGAAAACUCGUUAGAGGAUCAACAAAAGACGAGCAAAGAGUUGUGUCCUAAUGGAUGGAAGAGGUAUCAGUGUAAGUGUUAUAAACUUUCAACUGAGAAUAAAACCUGGGACGACAGCAGAGCGGACUGUCAACGCACAGGAGCCGAUCUGGUCGCCAUCAAGAGCAGAAAGGAAGAGGACUUUGUCAGCAGGCUGAGUGAACAUGAAGAUGUCUGGAUCGGUUUAGAGGUGACGCCCUCCUUGGACCCUAAAUGGAUUUGGGUGGACGGAACACCAGUAGAAUACAAGAACUUUCCACAAAGCCCAAAAGUAAUUCCUGGAAGUAAAAAUUACUUUUACAAAGAAAAAAACGGACACUGGAAGUCCGUCACAGAUGGAACUAAAUGGUGGAUCUGUGAGAAGCCGGUGCCUGAACCCAACGAGGACGAUGAGGUUUAGAUGUUGGUUUACUGUCUGAGUUUGGAGACAAACUGUGACGGAAUACUCAUGAACCCAUAACAACCCAAACACCUACUGAUCUGAACUGUUGAAUACCUGCUGAUCCACUAAUACCAUCAAUACAUAUGUUAAAUAUAGUUCUUCAUCUUUUCAUCGUCAUCAGAUAUGACCAUAUUUGAACAUUCAGAGGCUCUGUAGUUACCGUGGAA